AUGGCAUUAGCUCUGUGUCUGCAGGUGCUGGGCAGCCUGUGCGGCUGGCUGUUGCUCUAUACGUCUUUCUGCUGCCUGAAUAAGCACCGAAGCUAUGAGUGGAGCUGCCGGCUUGUGACCUUCACCCAUGGAGUCCUCUCCAUAGGCCUCUCUGCUUAUAUUGGCUUCAUUAACGGCCCUUGGCCCUUUACCCACCCAGGCUCACCCAACACACCUCUCCAAGUUCACGUGCUGUGUCUGACCUUGGGCUACUUCAUCUUUGAUCUGGGCUGGUGCAUCUACUUCCGGUCUGAGGGUGCCCUGAUGCUGGCUCACCACACCCUGAGCAUCCUGGGCAUCAUCAUGGCCUUGGUGCUGGGGGAGUCGGGCACCGAGGUCAACGCAGUCCUCUUUGGCAGCGAAAUCACCAACCCUUUGCUACAGAUGCGUUGGUUUCUCCGUGAAACAGGGCACUACCACAGUUUCACAGGCGACGUGGUGGACUUCCUCUUCGUGGCUCUGUUUACUGGUGUGAGGAUUGGGGUAGGAGCUCACCUCCUUUUCUGUGAAAUGGUCUCACCCACGCCCAAGUGGUUUGUGAAGGUUGGUGGAGUAGCCAUGUAUGCCGUGUCCUGGUGUUUCAUGUUUAGCAUCUGGCGUUUUGCGUGGAAGAAAAGCAUCAAGAAGUACCAUGCGUGGAGAAGCAGGCGGAGUGAGGAGCGGCAGCUAAAACACAAUGGGCAUCUCAAGACACAUUAGCCGAGGCUUAAUUCCCAGGAUGGAUGGGGUUGAGUCAGCCAUGGAAACUGGAUCACACACAGGACUGUGAUGGAGCCAUGUUUAUAACACACUUAGGUUUACAAAAAAAAAAAAAAAAAAGGGCUACAUUUAUUGAUCACUUUGAUCAGUGUUCUAGCCAGGCAAAUGCAGUAUUCACACUACUUUCUGCAGUGUGGAAAGUAAGUUAGGGAAGUUGUUCUAGGAGAUGACCUUAGGUCUUUACUAUUGCUGGGAACCUUGGUAUUCAGACAGCUUCGAAAGGAACUUGAAAAAGAUGAGUGCCCUCUCUUGUUCCUUUAGAAGACGCUCCUCCAACACACACUCAUCUCUGCUUUCUGUGGAGCAAUUUUCGUGUACCCUACAUGUUAUGAAAGGAGUGUGCUCUGGAGGAAGCAGGCCUUUGAUA